AUGAGUUCAUCAGCCAUUAAUCAAGCAACAGCAGGCAACGUGAAAAAUAAAGUAUUGUCAGUGCUUAUAACUGGACCCUAUGGAGCUGGUAAAAAAACAAUCGUCCGCAUGACAAAAUAUGGCGAAAUUGCUGACCUCUUACCAACAAUCGGUGUGGAUUUCGAAAAGAUAACUAUUGAUGAAACUCCUCUGUUGAUCUGGAGUAUAGGUGGUCGUUCAGGACAUCGUGCUACAGUAACACAAUAUUAUAGAAGAAUGUCAGCAUUUAUUUUUGUUGUUGACUCCAAUGAUCAUUUAAGCAUUGGUGAAGCACGUGAAAGACUUCAUCAAAUAGUUGGUGAUGAUCGUAUCGAAGAUAAACCUAUUCUCAUAUUUGCCAAUAAACAAGAUUUGCCCGAUGCAAUGAGUGUUGAUCAACUUCGAGAAGAACUUCAUUUAGACAAAGUGGAUAAGAAGGUCAAAUGGCAUUUACAACCAGCAUCUGCUACUCAAAACCAAGGUCUUCAUCAAGGUUUCGAAUGGUUGAUACGUUCGAUUCCAAAACAAAAGAACCAAAUAAAUCCCGUCGUAGAAACAGUGAAUGAUACGAUUACCAUGAAAAAUGAUUUGAUUUCGUCAUUGAAUAUUACUAAAUUUACUGCAAGUAUAUGGAAAAUUAUUUCUUCGUCAUUCACUCUUAUUGGAUAUGUAUUUAAAAAUUGA